CGGGCGGCGGAAACUCUUUACCGAAUGUUAACCAAAAGCAGAGCAUCACGCUUGCAAAUUUGCACAAACUCUUCACUCUCUUGCCAAUGCCAAGGUGGAGUGGGAAUUGCCAAGGUGGAGAGUCACAUGUUCCACUUCUCCACUGCUAUAAUUUAGUAAUAGGCAGAAGAGAAGGGCGUAUUGACGAAGUGCGGAGCAGCCCAGCAUGAUCAGAGUCCGGCACAGACUUGCCACCUUGGCUCAGCAUCUGCAGAGCGUUGCCUCGCUGCGACCCUCAGCAGUGGCUCAGACGCAGCUGCUUUGCGACAGUGUGCCGAAAGCCCCUCUGCUAGAAACUUUGUCUGCCAUCAGCAGCAUUGGAGCAGCGAACGACCAAUUUGGGUUCGGAAGUCUUGUGAAUCCACAAUUGACUGGUUGCUUGGUUGACAUCAAACAGCUCAGUCGGAGGACACCGUUUGCAGGCCCCCUAGAGGCGGAGCUGCAAGCUGCGAGUGCUAGGGCCACUGGGGCCUCCACCCACAAGCCCGAGUGUUCCAGAGUGGUUGCUGAAGAACAUAUCCGCUGGCCGAGUGCUGCAAUCAGGGGCAGCUCAAUCAGGUCGAGGGGGCACCGCUGGCCAGCUGCCACCACCACCACCACCACCCCCCCUUGGCAGUUGCGUACUUUUUCUUCAGACUCUCCACCCAGCAAUGAUGCUCCAGAACUAGCUGAUAAGGUGGUCACUUCCCAUGAGGGCGCGCAGGAGAAGCUCGUGCUGUAUCGCGGGCGGUGGAUCAAGCCCCUGCGCCUGCUGGUCAGGUUGAAGGUUUUGCAGCUGACGGGGGUGUCGGUGCUGGCCAUCCCAAUUGUGCAGUACACGCAGCAUGGUCACGUGACGGUAGGGACCUACGCCGCAGUUGGGCUGGUCGUGAGCGGAGCGGCGAUCGCCUCUGCGGCCCUCUGGUUCUACUCCCGCAGGUACAUUGGGGAGCUGAGCCUGCUGCUCCCAAAGAAGCGCGCUGUUCGCUUUAGCACCCUGGACUUCUGGGGCAGGCGCCAGGACACAGACGUCGCCAUCAGCCGGCUCGUUCCCCCUCUCAAAGGCCUGGGCCCGGCAGCGCUGCGCGAAGUGGCCCAGCAUGCCUUUGUGCCGCUGGAAGUCACUGGUGACCGGCAGUACAUCCUCAGCCUUCGACACGGACACCUGCUUGAGAAGGACGCCCUCAUUCACCUGCUGACCAAGGACAGUCAACAAGUGUGAGGCAGGGCGGCUGAGAGCUCGCGGACUCACUCUCUACAGCACACCAUGCACUGUCUGAUUGCUGCAGGCGUGCAUCGCGUGCACAGAUCGACUCAUGUCGGGCGGCAGCCAACUCUUGCCUGUCCAGCUACGAUCAGAUUAUCCGGGA